UACAGGAUAACAAAGGCGAGGUGACGCGAGGUAUUGUGUGUAUUUGGAAAGGUAUAUGCUUUGUCAGUGGGUAAGUCCUUUACCUCAAAUAGGUCACACAUUGUACCUGGGACACAGGUAACUUCUGUACAGGUAAACAGUCGCCCUGCCCCAGACCUGCUGCCGUGAGCUGGUCCUGACGGACAAGUGUGACUUUAAUUUAUUGGGCAGGGAACACAGGUGUAAAGUUAUCAGAAGAUCAGUUCAGAGGGCGGUGGCACGGGCUAGUGAGGUCCUCCACUAGUACAGCACCAGUAUUCGGAAAGAAAACUUUCAUAGUCGUCAAAUAUACGGACAUCCUCUGUAGGUUGGAAAUCGUCCUUUUUAACACAUAAGUGUGAUUUGGACCUCAGCCACAUCAAGCACAUUUGGUUAUACUGGAGAGAAGGACAGACCCUAAAUCACCCUGGGGACAUUGGAUGUAAGGUACACUAAGACGCAGUCAACCAGAUUACAGCACAAGAGUCCCGUUAGACAGGGUGGCGUCUUACCUGUAACACGGCUAACCAGGAUGUGACAGUAACGGGGUACCAGCAUAGUUAACACUGCGACGCGCUCGGCUCGACUGGACCGGGACCUCUCGUCUUGGGGCGGAUUUGUCGUUUCUGAUGCGUAAAUAAAAGUCAAAGGAAUCGGCUGGGGGUGAUAAGAACCUUUUCUAGAGGAGCGGUCAAUACUUUGGAUGUAUACACUGCGAAGACAUUGUUGCAAGCGAAACGGCAUGCACGAGCGUUAACGACUCCGCUGUUGAAUAUUUGUUACAUUAUUUGUGACGUCACUGGACGGACAGAGUAACUUAUUCGUGACGUCACAAUAAGACACUCAGCUAUGGGCACGUGAGCAUUUAUUUCACAGAACACUCAAACAUUCCAAGGAAAUCCAGUUGAUGUAUCGACGACCGAUUCUCUAUUUUCCCAAAGGAUUUUAAACUCUAUCUAGCUAUUGUCAGUUCCUUGUUGUGGUACGCAACAGCAACUCGAAACAGACAUCGUCAACCAUGUCGUCAUAAACAGCGACGUCAUUGUUAUUACGUCAGGUGACGUCUUGGAUACCACAGAAGACAAAACUAGGCUUCUCUCUCCCGUGAUCGCCGCUCUGCCACCAUGAAAUGCGGCCGACUAUAUUGGGGGUGGAUCAUCCUCGUGGCUUCGAUGGUCAUACGGACAUGGGUCCACGGCAUUGUGGGAUCCUAUGGCUCGUUUUUAGUGGUCUUCAGUCAUCAUUUCUCCUCAACGAAGAUGCUGUUACUAGGGUGGAUAGGAGCCACAACCUACGGCCUCGUGAACGCGGGAACACCAAUUCUACUGCUUCUCUACCGCCGUAUCGGAGGCAUGAGGACUGCUUUUAUCGGGGUCUUCGUGGCGUCCCUGGGGCUGGCGCUCUCAGGGGUCGUAGACAACCCUGUGGCUAUCUUCUUCACCUACGGUGUGAUGACAGGCAUGGGGAUGUUGCUGAUAAACAUUCCGCCAUUUUUCUUGCUGGAUAUGUACUUCCCGUUGGACAAUAAGUAUCAUGUGCUCACCACUAGUAUGCUGAUGUGUACUUUACCCUUAGGUUCACUGGUUUUCAACCCGAUUACAAGCCGCCUUAUAUCUGAUAUUGGCUGGAAGAAUACUUUUGCCUUCUACGGGGUGGCCAUAUUUGUUCUUGGGUGUAUAUCAGCAGCUACAUUUAGAGUUAAAAGAGAGGAUGAUAUCGCACCGGAAGAUAAUGAAAAGACGUCCUUAACGGACGCGGAAGAUGGUAUAAUUAAACCAAAGGAAGAGCCAGAAAUCAGCAAAAAAGUACUUAUUUUCCUUAGUAUAAUUUGGUUUUUUUGCAAACUUGCCAAAGCGACUGCUUAUUUUGGACCAUUGUUUAUUAUGGUAAAGCACUUAGAAACUUUAGGCUACACACGUGACCAAGGUGCUGUUGCCAUGACAAUCAUUUCAAGCUCUGAACUUUUUGGUCGUUUGGUAACUUGCGUGUUCGGAGAUAAAUACGCCAAAGGAAAAUUCAUUUACUUGUACGCCAUAUGUACGUUCCUGCUAGCGAUAGAGAACUUUGGAGCAAUAUUUGCUACCACCUAUAAUCAAGUUGUAAUGUUUGGAGUAGCCGCAGGUCUAACAGGAGGUCCGGUAGUGGCCGGGGUGUUCACCACGUGUGCAGAGGUCCUAGAUGGCCCCUUCGUCCACGAGCUGUUCACUAUAUGUCGGGUAGGACUGGGAAGUGGGAUGAUCUUAAGUGCCUUGAUAGCAGGUGCGAUAUACGACACGUACGGGUCCUAUCACUACGUGUUCGCGGCUAACGUGGGUAUAUUUCUGCUCAGCAGUUUACUCUACUCCAGUAUAGCUCUGUUUAGGAACUUCUUCAUUAGAAAACAGAGUAAUAAGUUACUGGAGCAGGCCAUGCACAAAAUGAACUAUGGCGGCCAGGAUGUGUCUGAGCCUCCCUUGCCUGGGAAAGAGGAGGAAGCAAAAGAAGACUGGUAACGGGACGCAGCAAUAUUGUUCAUUUAACUACAGUGACCUACACGGGGGCUGACAUUUCACCUGAUAAUGCUUUAAUUUCAUGGAAUAAAAAUAUUUGGAUGUUAUAUGAAUUAAGACUAGAGGUUGUCGUAGGAUGCUUUUUGUGAUUUUUUACUAAGUGAAAUGUGGAAAAAGAAAAAAAGGUUAUUUUAUGAUAAAUGCUCAGAGUAGCACUUUUUUUAGGGCACUUCUGAUGAAUUGAGACAGAUAUCAAUAUAAAAGGUAUCGUGAUGUGCAAUAACUGAAAUGUUCGAUAUUAGAUGUAUGUGUGUUCUUUUCCUUUUUCGUUUUGCUUCUUUGUCAUUGGUUAAUAUCUCUACCUAGAUAUUUUUGAUAUUGCUCAAACUAGGCAAAAUAAGAGGUUAAUAACAUCCAAUAAUCUCUGUUUUAUGAAAAGGCUGGUGUUAAAAUGCUAUUUAUGAACACAGCUACUUAUCCAGGACCAGAAUUUUAAUUUGAUAUCUUGAAAUCCUUAGUACUUGAUUUAGAAAUGCUUUAACACUAGUACACAGGGACUAACAUUUAAAUCGCUUUCAGCAAUUGUGUUCUUGAUAUUUUUUAAGUUUAAAAACUUUCCUGCAGUUGGAAGAACAAUAGUGUCAUUUCUAGGUAUGAGAUGUGUUUGUGUGAGUGCGUGUUUCUAUGUUUAUGUGUGUGUGUCUGCGAGAGAGAGAGAGAAAGAGACAGAGAGAGGAAGAGAAAGGUGUCCUCUCAUUGUUCAACAGUUUAAAUCAGUGGCUGCCAGUGUAAGCUAUCACUUUUUUUCAAAUACAGAGUAUGGCCACUUGCUGUCACAACUCGCGUAUGAUAUUCAGUAAGUUAAAUAUAUUUCAAGAUCUGUGCUUCUUUUUUUUUUAAUUUGUCGUGAGCUUUAACAUUACAGGUUUAAAUUGAUAUUGUGGCAAGAAAUUGUUCUUUGUACUUAAAAGAGCAAUUAUCUUUCAAGUCAUAUAUUAAAGGUACAACAAACAUCCGCGAUACUUAUUGACUCAUUCGAAGUUAAAGUUUGAAAUGUUUUGUUCAGUACCCAUUUCGUUCUUAAAGAGUGGUUGUUUUUACCUUUUUUCUCCUAAUUUAAGAUUUUCUAGUAUUGUUGAUCGUUUGUGAUCCAUUAUUAAUGUUUUGAUGAGUUAAAAUUGGAACAAACUUGGUUUAUACAUUUUAAGUAUCGCAGUACAAACUUUUUAACAAAUAUUGCUGUUAUGUUAGGUGGAGUUCACUAUACUUGAUUCAUUAAAUUUUUCCAAAGGGAGGGAAAAUCAUUCAUAUAUAGACAGAAUGCGUCAUACGCCUUUCCUUAUUCUAUUGGUUUAGUUUAUUUAGAAAUCGCAGUUGAAAGUUUUGUUUGUUUUAAAUCUUACAACACGUAACAUUUUUUAUUCAGAUACGACUAUAUGUGAUAAAUGAAUAAAA